AUGGCGCUACAACCAUUCCGGAACGAGCAGUUAAACUAUUUCAAAUUUGCCUCCAUUGUACUGAAUGAGUUCCCAAAGGCCUUACAGGGUGGCCCUGGCAAAACUAAAGUUCCUACAAACGUCUCCUAUGAAGAAUGGGAGUGUACCGCCCUGUUCCAGGCCACCAUUUACGCCAAGUCCUUUGCUUUUCCCGACAGUAGAGGUCAUCACAAAACACUUAGUGAGCUGUUCGUGAAACCUCGCAAACUGGCUCGUGGAGUGUUCCAUGCAUCGGUAACGAGCCCGAGCGGAAACAAUGCUGAAACAUUUGCACUUGCGAUUGAUCAACUUCGACUUUUAAGAAAUUCACUAUGUCGCUCGCACACCUCUGAAAUUGUUAAAGCCAAAUUUGACCAGUACGUGCAGUACACUAAAGACGCAUUCAAUGCUCUUGCAGUCAAGAUGGACCCUCUUAAUGUCAUUGGUGGUUUAACAGAGUCAGAAUUACCCACAAAUGAGGUUCGUAAACUAGAAGAACGAAUCAAAGAGGAAUGUCGAGCGUAUGUAAGUUUCCUACAACAACAGCAAAACGAUCUGGAGGAUAUAAAACUCAAACCUGAAGCUGUGCCAACUGAAGAAGACAUGCUAAAGAUGCUGGAACAAACGGUAAAGGAUUUGAAACAGACGCCAGUCCAGAACAAGCCAGACGAGAAUCUGCCACCCAUGAAACCAGCUAAGGACACCUCUUCACUGGAUACACACAUUGCUGAUCAGGACAAGAAACAGGAGAAGGUCCCCUGUUCGCCGCUAAGCCUUUUGAAAGAUGAUUACAAAACCGCGGUUAUACAAUGGGAAUCAGGCGAUUUUACCUUGGCUCUUCAGUCUGCAAAACGUGCGCUUGACAUUACGCGAACUCUGUUUGGAAAGGAGCACCCUAGAGUGGCUGAAAAUCAAUGGUUAGUCAGGGCUAUACACAUUUCUUUGGAUAACUUUGCAAUAGCUCUUCCGUCCUUCCAGCGUGCCCUUUACAUCAGAAGAAAGUUAUUCGCCGAGGAACACUUAGACACAGCUAAAAGUCAUUAUUGUCUGGGGAUCACACAACUGGCUCUAGGCGAUUAUGCAUUGUCUCUUCAGCGUGCCCUGGAUAUCAGACGAAAGUUAUUAGGUGACGACCACUCAGACACAGCUCAAAGUUACGAUUCUCUGGGGGCCACCCAACUUUCCUUAGGUAAUUAUGCAUUCGCUCUUGAGUCUGAUCAGCGUGCCCUUGAUAUCAGAAGGAAGUUGUUCGACGAGGAACAUUCAGACACAGCUCAAAGCUAUGAUUCUCUGGGAGCCACACAACAUUCGUUAGAUGAUUAUACGUCAGCUCAAAAGUCUAAACAGCGUGGCCUUGACAUCAGAAGAACGCUGUUUGAUGAGGAACACCCAGACACAGCUCAAAGCUUCGAUUCUCUGGCGGCCACACAACUUUCCUUAGGUGAUGUGGCAUCAGCCCUUAAGUCUGAUCAGUCCGCUCUUGACAUCAGAAGAAAGUUGUUUGGCGAGGAACACCCAGACACAGCCCAAAGUUACUGUUCUUUGGGAGCCACACAACAUUCUUCUGGUGAUUGUGCAUCAGCUCUUAAGUCUCUUCAGCGUGUCCUUGACAUCAGAAGAAAGUUGUUUGGGGAGGAGCACUUGGACACAGCUCAAAGUUACCUCUCUCUGGGAAUCAUUCAACAGGGUGAUCAUUCAUCAGCUCUUCAGUCCAAACAGCGUUCCCUUGAUAUCAGAAGAAAUUUGUUUGGGCUGGACACAGCUCAAAGUUACCUUUCUCUGGGGGUAACACAAGAUUCCUUAGGUGAUCAUGCAUCGGGUCGUGAGUCUAAACAGCGUGCCCUGGACAUCAGAAGAUACGUAUCGGACGAGGAACAAUCAGACACAGUUGAUAGCUACUCUGGAAUGAGUAAAAGAAAAAGGAAAUAG